AUGUUCCGACUCAGCGCCGUUGCGGUCUCUUUGGCCUGUCUGACACCCACUACCUGGGCUCAAGCAAGCGAGUACACCAUUCAGUGGUGGGGUGAUUACCACUGCGGAUACAAUGGCGAUACUGGCCAGCAGCUCACCGACGGCAACCCAUGGAACAAGACUUAUACCGGCAGCUCUCUGUGUGCCUGGUUCUAUGGUUUCGAAGGCACGAACGAUCCUGACAACUACCAUUCAGUCGGCUUUGGGAGUGAAUACUUUGGCAGCUUCCAGCUGACCUUCACCGGACCCGGACCAAACGGACAGCUUCAUCCUGCUGUGUUCACGGACGACUACUGCCAGGAGGGUCUUCCUGAACCCGAGGCAGCCUUCACCCUGAACGCAGGCACUCUAGGAACGAUCGAUACUCCAGGAUGCUACACUUUGCCUGGGAAGCCAGCUAUCCAGGGCUACAGCGUUACGCAGGAUGGUGCCUAA